CUGUUUCAAAAUAAUUCACCUGAUCUUGUCUUUUUGACAUGUUGAACUAAAUCAAAUUAAAACAUCAUUUAUACAUUAAGUUAUACAUAUAAUAUAUUUUUUUGUUAAAAACUAUGAAAGUUUAAUCAUUUAUUUGGAUAGUUUAAAGUGAUUAGUUUACCGUGGAAAGAGUACGAUAUCAACAAGGCAAUCGUUGGGAAACCAGGAUCAAAUGCAGAUUUCUUUCGUCUUAUUUAGAAUUCUUCCUUAACUAUCACUCCAUAAUGUCAUCAAGAAUAGAACUCGGUUUCAUGGAGACUUUUGAACUGUCCAUUGCACAGGAAGACUAGACAAUUUUGAGUCGUUCUAAACAGCAUCAAAUGACACAAUAGUUUAUUUACAAAUAUCGACCAAUCAUGAAAUGGGAAAUAUGAACCAAUCAAAAUCUUCCCCAUAAAAUCAUAUUUUUAUACACCUUAAAAUUAUACUCAACAGAACAUUUGAAAAUAAUUUACCAUUAAUGCAUUAACUUUUUAUGCCCGAAAUCAUGUCACAUAUAAAUUAUAGUUCAAAUACAUCAGAAUCAGAUUUGAAUGAAAUAUCAUUUUCAUUAAUUGAUUCAAAUGAAGAGCAAGAAAUUAGCUAUGAAGAAGUAGAAGAAUUAAAAAAUGAACUGAUAUUUGAGACAGAACGACGAAGAGAAUUGCUAAAAAAUACACAAACAGUAGUAACCACAUCAGGAUCUUUAUGUUCAUUAUCUUUGUCAACUACAACAAUGGCGAUAACAUCAUCAUCAUCACCACCACCCAUGUCAUCAUUUUCACCACAGAAACAAUUGCCACUGUCCAGUAGUCAAUUGACUUCAUAUAGUGAAACGAAUAGAAAAUGUUUGGCUACAACAAAACAUGAUCGUCGAAUGGCUAAACAAAUGACAGAACGAAAACGACGUGAUCGUAUCAACGCGUUAUUAGAUAAUUUGAGGACACUUAUUUUGAAAUUAUUGCAUAAAAAUCCACGUCAUCAUCGGAAAUUAGAGAAAGCUGAUAUUUUAGAACUGGUUGUUUCGUUUCUUAAAAAAGAAUUACAUCAAAAUCGUUUUAGAACAACAUCGUCUAAUUCACAACAACAACAUCAGGACAACUGUAGAUCAAUUUAUUCAUUGCAAAAUUUAAAUUAUUCUUCAGGAAUUGAAUCAUCAUUAGCAUCUAUAGUUUAUCCUGAUAAUCAUAAUAAUUAUUAUCAACAUCGUUUAAUACCAUCAAUUCCACAAUCAAAUCAUCAAUUAACAAAUAAUUAUUAUUUUAUGAAGAAUCAUGAUAAUGGUCCAUCGAAAAUCAAUAAUUAUCCCAUUUCUAAUCAUAUUGAACAGAAUACUAAAAGUGUUUAUCCAACAAUAUCAUAUCAGCCAUCGUAUAAACAUCAACAUCAAUCAAUACCGUCAUCUCACUAUUCCCAAUCAACAAGUUAUCAACCAAUUGUAUUUACGUCAACAGAUGAUAUGAAUAAGGAAAAUCAAUUGAUAACUGGUGUUGGAAAUCUGCAAAACCACACGAAUACACCAAUAACAAAAGAUUUACAUUAUUAUCCGACGUGUAAUUAUGACGAUUAUACAUUUGAACAAGAUGCAGUCCGUCAACCAUUGAACAUAUUGAAUAAAGCUAAUAGCUUCAUUGGUCAAAACAACUGCUACUAUUCAGAUUCUAAAAUAAUCAACCAAACAUGUCACCAUCAGAUUCAACCGAAUACACACUCAAAAAUUUAUCCAGAUAUAUUAAAUAGUCAUUUAAAUUAUAAACUAUUGCCAAUCAAAGAUGAAAAUUAUUCAAAAUCGCACCCAUACAAUAAUUACGGUGUUGGUAACCAAUCAUUUCGUAGUGUUACUAAUCAUGAAAAGAACAAUAGUAAUGAUAAUAAUAGUUCAGAUUUCACCUUUGGUAAUGAAAGACUAUGUUCAAAAGAAACGACAAGUCUUGAAAGACUAUGGAGACCAUAUGUUUGAAUUUUAAUCUGUUUCAUUUAUAUUUAUGAAGCGUGAUUAUAAGCCAUCAAUUUAUUUGUAAUUAAUCAUUUAUUUACUAAUUUUUCUACUGUUAGUUUAAAAUAGCUAAUACAUAGAAUGCCAACAUUUUAUUACACAUCACCCUAUUUUGCAUGAGCUACUGAAAACUAUUUGAGUAGUGUAAAUUUACUUUUAAAAUAUAUGUGUGUAUUAAUACAACGACUAAUAUAAGUAA